CUCUGUUCCUUCCUGAUAAAUAGGCAUAUGCGAAUAUAACAAAUAGGUUGUUCCCGAUGAACUUGGGCGUGUGCUGUGUUCCGAUUUGUCCGUACAGCAAGGACAAACAUAAACCACCGGAGGAGAUUCGUUUUUAUCCAUUUCCUGAAGAUGAAACCGUACGUGAGCAGUGGUGCUCAGCAUUAGGAAUUACUGAUUAUCGCCGAUUCCGAUGGAAAGGCCGAUCGGUAUGUACCGAACAUUUUUCGCCAUCUGAUGUGAACUCCCUGGAUGGCAGACUGGUUGCUGGAGCUAUUCCGUCCAUCACCGAAGCAGAUGAGGCAGAGACACCACUGAUGGGGGAAACAUCAGAUAUUACCCAUUUAAAAGAACGAUUUUGUCGGCUCUGUUUCCGUAAGCACUCAACUUUAUUCCCGCUAGCUUCCCAGAUUCAUAGUAUGGAUUUGUCGGAAAUUAUUCGAUUAGUCAGCGGUAUCCGAAUUAAACCGAACGUGAAUCUGCCCAGUAGAAUCUGUACCGACUGUAUGACAAAGGUCGACUAUGCUUUCAAUGUUCGACGGGAAUUUCAGAUAAAUGCAGAAAAAUUGCAUUCUCUUGUUAAGGCCAAUAAACUACUCAAAUAUUACGAGGAUUACACGGAUCAGGCAGAAGAACCAACCGAAAGCUAUGCCGAUAAUAUUAUGCGCAACUCAAAAAGCUCACUAAUUGAUCGACAGUUAAUUGAGAUCAACAAGAAGGAUGUUGAAAAAAUUGAUAUUAUUAUUCCUGAAAUGAAUAGCUCAGAAUCCAAUGGUGAUCAAAAUUUAUCUGAACCAGAUAUCACAGAUAAUCCAGAAGUGCUAGAGUAUGAAGAACUAUGGGAUGAACAGCCUUUAGAUGAUGAAAAUUUAGUACAUAACGUAGAGUUUCAAAAACAGAACAAUAUAAUUGCUUCUAUUUCUGAUAAGGUUGCCAAAGAACAUACUGAACAACAAAGUAAGAACAGCAAAACUUAUGUAUUCUCUUGGACUGAACUGAUAAAGCCAAAGAAAAAUAAAAAGAAAGAGCAGACUGAAACCGAAACGAUGCCAGAGAUGAUUCCUAACAAUUGUUACAUUUGUAAUCUUGCAUUCGUAUCGGAACAAGUGCUAGAGGAGCAUCUGACAUCCCACUCAACGGUGGUUCCGUACAGAUGUGAUCAAUGCAGUACGGACAAUAAUCCCAUCAUUCUUAAAGGAACAAUUUCGCUGAAUCGGCAUUUGCAGUCUCAUCUUUACCCCUUUCUAUGUCCGCAAUGUCCAUUGAGAUUUCCAUCAAAAACAGGCAGAUAUUCGCAUAUUAGAUGGAACCAUCGGACUUACCAGAAGGAUGGCUUCACAUGCGAUACAUGCGGGAAGAAAUAUGAUCGAAAACAAACCUUCCUGGCACACGUUUUAAAACAUCGAACGCAAAAGGAACAACGCUUCAAAUGCAGCCGCUGUGACAAAGUUUUCACGACUAAAAUUUCGCUUGAACGGCAUCUUCGAACGCAUACCGGCGAGCGACCGUUUAAAUGUCCAUACUGCAGCAAAAGGUUCAACCAUCAGUAUAACUUCCGACAGCAUAAACUGCUUCACCUAGAUUCGGGUAAAUCCUUCCGUUGUGAACACUGCCCGAAAACAUUUGUCAGAUCUUUUUCACUAAAACAGCAUCUUCGCGAACACUUUCCGGGAGAGGUCGCAUCCACUAGUGAACAAACCCAUUGCGAAACGGUUCCCGAUAACCAUAUCACGGUAGGGACAAAUUCUGCGGAAUCUUUCAUUUGUCGAUUUUGCACAGAUCAAUUUCCGAAUUAUGCCUCGAAGGUUGAGCACGAGCAUAGCACACAUUCCACUCAGGAAAUUAUUCUGGAAGCAAUUGAACCGGUUUCACGAGAAGAAAUGGAACGGCUGGUUGGCGCCGGCUACGAACUUUCAAGUCAAAAAGUAGAAGAACUCAUACAUUUUGAUUUACAAUAA